UCGCCGCGCGCGGCCCCGCCCGUCCCCCCGCCCGGCCGCCAUGGAGUCGAACCGGGACGAGGCGGAGCGCUGCAUCGCCAUCGCGCUGGCCGCCGCCCGGGCCGGGCAGCCCGACAGGGCCCGCCGCUUCCUGGAGAAGGCGCAGCGCCUCUACCCGUCCCCGCGGGUCCGCGUUCUGCUCGAGUCACUCAACAAGAACGAUCAGCCAGCCAAUGGCCAGUCCCAAUCCAGGGAGUCCACAAAGCCCCAGUUCAAGAAGAUGAGCGGAGACUUCCCGUCGGCCAACGGCGAGGCUGGCGGGGAAGCUCCCAAGGGCUACACUCAGGACCAGGUGGAUGCAGUGAAGAGGGUAAAGCAGUGCAAAGAUUACUAUGAGAUUCUGGGGGUAAACAGAGAAGCUUCUGAUGAGGACCUGAAAAAGGCUUAUCGGAAACUUGCCCUGAAAUUCCACCCGGAUAAGAACCACGCACCAGGGGCUACAGAGGCAUUUAAAGCCAUUGGCAAUGCCUACGCAGUGUUGAGCAACCCAGAGAAGAGGAAGCAAUAUGACCAGUUUGGAGAUGAGAAGCUCAACCCUGCUCGGCACGGACACAGUCACUCGGACUUCCACCGCGGGUUUGAGGCUGACAUCUCCCCCGAGGACCUCUUCAACAUGUUUUUUGGUGGUGGUUUUCCCUCUAGUAACGUUCACGUGUACAGCAACGGCAGGAUGCGAUACACCUACCACCAGAGGCAGGACAGGAGGGAGCAUCAGGGUGAUGGUGGCCUUGGACUGUUUGUCCAGCUGAUGCCCAUCCUCAUCCUGAUCAUUGUGUCUGCUCUCAGCCAGAUGAUGGUCUCCAGCCCACCCUACAGUUUGAGCCAGAGGCCGUCUGUGGGUCACGUACACAGGAGAGUGACAGAGCACUUGAAAGUCAUCUACUAUGUAUCUGAGAACUUUGCAGAUGAAUACACGGGCACGAACCUGAAAAGUGUGGAGAGGAGUGUGGAGGAUGAUUACAUUGCAAACCUUCGAAAUAACUGCUGGAAAGAGAAGCAGCAGAAGGAAGGCUUGUUGUACCGGGCACGCUACUUCGGAGACUCGGAUCUGUACCAGCGAGCACAGAAGAUGGGCACCCCCAGCUGUAGCAGACUGUCAGACGUUCAAGCCUCUCUGCACGGAUAGUCACCACCAGCCCACUCCACAGAGACUCUUGAAACGCCUGAAGACUCUCGGUGAAGUGCACUGAGCCCUGGUGACAGACUUGAUAUUUAAAAGAAUCAAACCUUAUCUUUCAAAUUGGAAAAUGAGCAACGCACAACCGCCCUCUUUCUUCUCUCUGCCUGUCUCCGCCGUUCGACCUGCGUCUCAGGCAGCGAAUCAGGACAGGAAGUCAAGCUGCCUGGCUUCCUCCUCCCCUUCCCACGCCGCUAGCGUGCGACAGUCUCCUUGCUCCUGGGAUCUCACAGCCCUGAGAACAGUAGAGUGUUAAAUUACACAAACUUAACUGCAGAGGCCACGAAGCAGGAGACCCUUCCCGACUGCGCUGGUCACUGCCGACGGAGAGAGAAAUCGGGACGAUUUGGUGAUAGAACAAAACUCUGAAAAAAAAAAAAAGAAAAUAUAAUCUAUUUAGAAUUAAUUUAUAGCUGUAUAUAUGUUGUACUUUUAAACUAUGCAGGGGUUGGAUGAUUAAAUUAUUUUGUUUUCUGCCUGGCUUGGUAAGCAGGGGAGCAGGAAGUCCCUUGCCGGGGUGUCUCGCUCUGCAGCGCUUUCCUGCCCGACACACUCAAACAAGACUCGUUUUGCAGUUCCUGUCCUUUGCUUCCUGGAGGCCAGUGGCAUUUCUGCAAGCUUGGGAUGUCCACACCUGCCCAUGGGCUUUUAAUAAAAGAAAUUCCCAGUCUGGAGGGGCUAACAAACAAAAGGCAUCAGGGACACUGUCCAGAUCUGUGGUGUGGUUGUGCAGCGUCAGCGGGUCAGCUGAGCCCCGGCGUCCCGCUCGGUGGCGGGAAGGAUUGUCCUGGAUGCUUUUUUUUUUUUUGCUCGCCAGUCAUUGGGUUUGUGCACGUAACUUCUUUCUUUCUUUUUUUCCGCAGAGUCUGCUUUAAUUUUGCCUCGUAAUCAGCGGGCAGUGGUGGCUCUGCAAAGAGGGUUUGCCACCAGCUGUCUCCCUUUGUUGGGGUUGGUGCGCGCGUGUGUCUGCGUCCCGCGCUUGGGGUUCCUCACCCAGCAGGUUGGCAACGUGGCCGUGGCCUUGACACCAACGUUUCCUAGAGGAGACCUGGGAAAUGCUUCUAAUUCCUAAGAAACUGAGCUUUCUGUUGCUUCUGUUAAAAGAAGUGUUCCUAGGGGAGGUGGUCAGGGUGGGCCUGACCUCUUCCUCCGUCCCCCCCCCGAGCUCUGCAGCGCGUCUCACUCGGUCGCGGUUGGGCAGGUCCAAGUGAUGAGCUGACUCUUCAAAGCCAGCACAAGCAGGGCUACCUCCUGUGGAAUAAACUGGAUAUUUUUUCCUUCUUUUUUUGGUACUCUGCAGUUCCAUUUUUGUCUAAAAAGACAUUUCCAGUGAGAACCAUCCCCCAGCACCCUCGGAGGAGCGAAUCAAAAGCGCGAUGGCUGCUGGGUGGAAGAGGUGAGAUGGUUUUAUUCCUUUGUCACGAGGAGCCCACCUGCUCUGUCUUCAACUACUGAUUGAUUUUGCAGUCUUACCAGCCCUCCCGUUAACUGCAGGCCUUCUCAUCCCACAGCCACCAUGACUUGGCCCUGAUUUUAAGGAGGUUUUUCUUCUUUUAAGGAGGUUUUUCUUCUUUUUUUUUCCAAUGACUCCUCUAGCUUUGGAAGGAAUUGGGUGGAUGUGAAGCCAUCACGGGGAGAGGGUUAAAUGAAGAUCACCUUUGCAGAAGGUGUCUUGCCAGCAUUCCUUGCCCAGAGCCUGCCCACCAAAACCUUUUGGUUCUUUUUUUUUUUCCAAGUAGACACACAGGGAUAAUAACGAGCGAGAAGGCGUAGAUCCUACCGGAUGCUCAUGGAGGCUGUAUCUCCCCAUUUAGGAUUAAUUAUACAAUUGUACAUCUAUAAAUAAAUGUUUAUAAUGUGAAA